AUGCCGGAAUUCUUCCCAAUUGGAGAAAAGGAUUGUUUGUUGAAUAAGAAGUGCACGUCGUUCGGUGUCUAUCAAAACUAUUGUUGUGGGAUUACUAUGAACGAAUGCUGUGGAGCCGUCACCAUAGCGGGAUGGAUUUUGGCUGGUGCACUAGUCGCUAUAAUUGUGAUCGUGGUUUUCCUCGUUGUGUGCAAGCGAU